GGCGACGCCUGGAGGUGAGACGUAGGCGGUGCGGUAGGCGGGCCUUGCGUGGGGCCCGGCUGUGCUCGCUAAGCCGCGGGGGCCGAGCGUGAUGGCGGCGGAGCAGGUGACCUACAGCACCAUGUCAGACGCUGACCGUGAGGCAGCGGCGACUGCACGACCUACGAUGUCCACAACGGAGACCUCAGGGGCCGCCUCAGAGUCACCGGAGCGCGAGGACUAUGACAGCAAGUGCGUGUUCUGCCGGAUCGCGCGGGGGCAGGAACCCGGCACCGAACUAUUGCCCUGUGAGAAUGAAGACCUGGUUUGCUUCAAAGAUAUCAAACCAGCAGCACCUCAUCAUUAUCUUGUGGUGCCAAAGAAGCACAUUAGAAACUGCAAAGAAUUAAAGAAAGAUCAAGUAGAACUGGUUGAGAAAAUGGUAAUUGUUGGAAAAGCCAUUCUUGAAAGGAAUAAUUUCACUGACUUCAAAAAUAUGAGGAUGGGUUUCCAUAUGCCACCAUUCUGUUCUAUUUCCCACUUGCACCUUCAUGUUCUGGCACCAGUCACUCAGCUUGGCUUCAUAUCAAAAUUUGUUUAUAGAGUUAAUUCCUACUGGUUUAUCACAGCUGAUUAUUUGAUUGAUAAACUAAGAACAUGAAAAUGUCAACAGUGGGAGACUUUCCUAAUCAUGGCGCAACACAAACUAAUAUUUCGGUCCUUUGAAGUCUGCUUGCAACUUUACGGUUUGUUGGGUUUUAUGAGAGGCUUUUACAGAGUGGCCUUAAAUAUUUUCUGAGUGUAUGUUUCUUGAUCUAUGAUAUAGUUUAAAUGAAUAUCUGUCAUUGACUUCUUUGUUUUAAUGGUUACUUAUCUAAAGUGUAAGAUACUAUGGAUAAAAUCCCAUAAAAAUUGUUAUUAAGGGCUCUGUAUUUUAAAAAUUCAAAUAUUUUCGUUUGUCAGUAGUCAACUAGAAGAGUGAUUUAUUUAUGUGUAUUCACUAUGAAGAAUAAACAAGUAUGAAAAGUACUUUAUUAGCAUCUUUUUUACUUUGAAGGAGUAAAAACUAUUUAUUGACAAUUCUUUAGUUUUACACAUAAUUAUUCAAAAUACAGAAUACUCCAAUACACAGCAAUCUCUGACCUUUUUGAUGGAAAGAAUUGUAUCUGUAUCACUUUUCACUUAAAUUUCAGAUGCUGGUUUUCUCUUCCUGAAGCCUAGCGUCUUUGUAAUAUAUUGAUCCUGAAAGCUCUCUAACAGUGAAUUUGUAAUAACAGUCAAUGUGGCUAACAACAGAAUUCACUGCAAUGGAAUUUACUAUAGGAAUAUAAAAGGGGAAGAAACAUAAAGUGGUUAUAUUAAAGUAUUAAAACUGGCAGAAUCUGUUGCUUUAUGGCUUGUUUCUUGUACCAAAGGGAAAUUAAAAUAAAAAACUUCUGUCAUGUAAAAGGCCUCAUUUGAAAGUAGACAUAGACUUGGUUAUUAAAAUAAAAUUUCACAUCUAUAUUAAUAUUAUUAUAAUAUCAUUUCCUGAGGCAUAUUUCUUUAGGAAUUGCCUGUUGGUGCUAAGGCCUUUUAAUACAUCUGUGUGUCUCCAUAAUCAGAUAAUUUAAUGUAUCUGUGAAUGUGAAUGAAGAGUAGGUGCUCAGAGCUACUCCUACAUUGUACCAGUGUAUAAUAAUCCCAUGUACAUGUAUAUAAAUAAGCAUAAGGAUUAAUGUAUUGAUGUUGGGAAUGAGCUGAAAUUACUAGUUUUCUUUCUUUGUGUGAAUGUGAUAUAAAAUAUAGUUUUAAGUAAUGAAAUACUUACUGCAAUGUUUGGUUAAAACAUCUGGAGUCAAUAGUUUAGUUUUUUCAUUCAUAUGUUCAUUCAGCAAACAUUUGUUGAGGAUUUAAUGCAUACCAGACCUUGUGAUAGGAUCAAGGAAUACAGAAAUGAGCAAAGACAGUCUGUCAUCAACUAAUAGAGGGGUAAGACAUAAUCAGUGGUUUGAAUUUAGUAAGUGCUGUAAUAGUUAUAUGUCCACAGAAGAGACUGUGGAGGGGGAAACACUUCUGAAAGCAUGUGGCAGUAGGACAGAGUAGUGAACACUUAAUGUUAGACAGGCAGUCUGGCAGUUUGGCCAAGGGACCCACAUGUACUUUCCUUGAGUUCUGCUCCUAAUAUUACUUAUUUUACAAUUGAAAUGAAUGUCAAUUUCAUUUUAAUCACUGGCGGUGAAGAAGGAAAUUUGGAAGUUGGCAUUACAGGCUGUCAAAAUCGGAUUACAAGGUUUUCAGCACUGCUUUGUGAAGUAGUUCCCUGAACACCUACUUGUAUUGGCAGUUACAAGUUUCCAUAAAAUCAGCUAAAAUCUGACUAGCUAUAAGAAAGGAAAUUUUGACAUGUACAACCAUUGAAUGCUUUACUGCUUGCAGUGAUAUAACUGACGAUAGUAUGAAAAUAGUGUGCAAGUUAUUUAAGGUAUUCUUAAAUGCCUUAUGAACCUCUUCAAAAAUGUGUUUAGUCCAUUGAUUUAAUUUAUAUAGAUUUAGUAUUCUCUCCUGUUUGUCUUCUUUGUUGGAAAGUCCUUGGAAACACAUUUUUAGUGGAGAGUCUCUCCUUUUCUUGCAAAGACUGAGCCAAAUUGCUACAAUAAAAAUUCACUUACCCUUUUCAGUAGUCUUAAGUAUUUUGUGACUCCUUCAUUAUAACAUAAGCUCAAGACAAAGCUAAUUAAUAACCUUUCUUUAAAAUAUUUAUAGUAGUAGUAAGGCCAUUUAUUUAUGUAUGUUGUGAUACUAUUUGUUUUGUAAUUGCAGGACUGUAGAAUUAUUAACAAUAAACUAUU